CACACCAUACUGCACUGCUGCUUCUCUCUUGCCUUCUUCAGAGCUCAGGCCCCCAGAACACAAUAAGAGACUUUUUUAUAAAUUACAUAUAUAUAUAUACACACACGCACACACACACACACACGCACACACGCACACACACACACAUAUAUAGACACAUACAUAUAUAUCCGCAAUGAAACUUAGGCUGGAAAUAUGUGCCAUUCUCUUGCUGCCUGUGUACUUGAUAAUAUCUGUGUACAGUAUGCUUGUAUUUAUUCCGUGGUAUUUUCUUACCAACGCUAAGAAGAAAAAGGCUAUGGCAAGACGUUUAAAAGCUAAACCCAUCUCGGACAAACCUGGAAGUCCCUACCGUUCUGUUGCUCAUCUCGAGUCAUUAGCAAACAUAAAUAUUCCUGGAGCAGACACUUUGGACAAGCUGUUUGAUCAUGCUUUAGCAAAGUUUGGGAGAAAGGAUUGUCUUGGGACCAGAGAACUACUGAGUGAAGAAAAUGAAAUGCAACCAAAUGGAAAAGUGUUUAAAAAGUUAAUCUUAGGAACUUACAAAUGGUUAUCCUAUGAAGAAGUAAAUCAGAAAGUGAAUCACUUGGGGAGUGGACUGGCUGCCCUGGGACUAACCCCGAAGAAUACUGUUGCUAUAUUCUGUGAGACUCGAGCAGAAUGGAUGAUUGCAGCACUAGCCUGCUUCAAGUACAACUUUCCUCUUGUUACUUUAUAUGCCACCUUGGGUGAAGAGGCAGUAACCUAUGGUCUCAAUGAAUGUGGGGCAUCAUAUCUGAUCACUAGUGUAGAACUUCUUGAGAGCAAACUUAAGACUGCACUGCCAGAAGUCUCCUGUCUUAAACAUAUCAUUUAUGUGGAUAAGAAGACUAUCAAUAAAUCAGAAUACCCUGAAAAUAUGGAGAUUCAUAGUAUGCAAACAGUAGAAGAGCUGGGAGCCAAACCAGAAAACUCAAGUGUUCUGCCAAGCAGACCUGUUCCGACAGACUUGGCUUUAGUGAUGUAUACCAGCGGCUCUACUGGGAGGCCUAAAGGAGUGAUGAUGAUGCACAAAAACUUGAUAGCUGGAAUGACAGGACAGUGUGAGAGAAUACCUGGGCUGGGGCCCAAGGAUACUUACAUUGGCUAUUUGCCUCUGGCCCAUGUGCUAGAACUGACUGCAGAAAUUUCUUGUAUUACUUACGGUUGCAGGAUUGGAUAUUCCUCUCCACUCACGUUAUCAGAUCAGUCAAGUAAGAUUAAGAAGGGAAGCAAAGGAGACUGUACUGUACUAAAGCCCACACUGAUGGCAGCUGUGCCUGAAAUAAUGGACAGAAUUUAUAAAAAUGUCAUGAGUAAAGUUCAAGAGAUGAACUAUAUUCAAAGAACCCUGUUCAAGAUAGGCUAUGACUACAAAUUGGAACAAAUCAAAAGGGGAUAUGAUGCACCUCUUUGUAAUGUACUAUUGUUUAAAAAAGUAAAGGCAUUACUAGGAGGGAAUAUCCGUAUGAUGCUUUCUGGAGGAGCACCACUCUCACCUCAGACGCAAAGAUUCAUGAACAUCUGUUUCUGCUGUCCUGUUGGCCAAGGCUACGGAUUAACAGAAACAUGUGGAGCUGGAACGAUUACAGAAGGGGGCUAUACUAAUAGAGACAAGCCUAAUCCUAGAGGAGAAAUUAUAAUUGGUGGGCCUAAUGUCUCAAUGGGAUAUUUUAAAAAUGAAGAGAAGACCUCAGAAGAUUUCUCUGUUGAUGAGAAUGGCCAGAGAUGGUUUUCGACUGGAGAUAUAGGGGAAUUUCAUCCAGAUGGGUGUCUGCAGAUCAUAGAUCGUAAAAAAGACUUGGUAAAGCUACAAGCAGGAGAGUACGUAUCUCUGGGCAAAGUAGAGGCAGCACUGAAGAACUGUCCAUUGAUUGACAAUAUCUGUGCUUAUGCCAAAAGUGACCAGUCUUACGUGAUCAGUUUUGUGGUUCCUAACCAGAAGAAGCUGACGGCAUUAGCUGAGCAGAAAGGCAUCACUGGAACCUGGGUAGAUAUUUGCAACAAUCCUACAAUGGAAGCUGAAAUACUGAGAGAGAUUAAAGAAGUGGCAAACAAGAUGAAAUUAGAACGGUUUGAAAUCCCCAUCAAAGUACGGUUAAGCCCUGAACCAUGGACCCCGGAGACUGGGUUAGUAACAGAUGCUUUCAAGUUGAAAAGGAAAGAAUUGAAAAACCAUUACCUCAACGACAUUGAAAGAAUGUAUGGAGGCAAAUAAACUUGAGUUGUGUUAACUAGACAGCUGUGCAGAAGUUCUCGUAACUCAAUUUUGGAUGUCCUUGUAUACUGUAGAUAUCACGUGUUAAAGAAUACACAAAAUAAAUAGAUGAAUGUUUAUAAUCUCCCAUGACAACAGCAGAGGAGAAAGAAAAAUCUUAGACUCAAUUCCUAGUUACUAGCAGAAAACAUUUAUGCUCUUCAGAGUUUCAUGUGAUCAUCUCUAGUUUUGAGGUGGACACAAUUAUGUGAAGCAGUGUAACAGGUCAAUGUUGUUAUUAUUGUUCCUCUAGCAUAUUUAGUGCUUUCAUUCCUCUAAUUCCUACUGAAGUCUGGUGUAUACUUCAAUCAGGAAUAUUAAUGCAGCUGUGGUGAUUAUUAUAUCACAGUAAGAAACUUCACAACAGAGAAAAAUAUUUAAAGCUUACCACUCCUUAAAAAAAAAAAAAAAAAAAAAAAAAAAAAACACACAAAAAUAUUAGUCAAGAAUUUGCUAGAGGUCACUAAUAAUGCAUUGCUUGAAAAUAAAUGAGUUCUUCUGCACAUAAAUUAAUAUCUUGACUAUUUACAGUGCCUAGAAGAAAAUACAAAGUACACUUACUGAAGCAAAGGUGAACUGAAAAGCUUUCUAAAAAUAAGUUAUUUGACACUUCAUUCAAGAGUGUUGAAUCCUAUUUCAACUUCCAAUUCAGCAAAUACAUUUUACUUGCCACCGUAUUUUAAUUCAAGCAGAACUUUCUACUAGGGCAUGCAGCAUAAAAGACAACUAAAACUUAUAUUGCUGUAAGCAAUACUGCUGUGAGAGGAAUCAGCUGAAUGCAGAACUUGCAUCUUGGCUGGCCAACAGCAGUGAAAUUCAUGGACAGUUGCCUCUAAGCAGAUUUGUAACAUAAAAGAGAACUUCCUGGGUUCAGAGGUUGUUUUUAAGGCACUGAUCCUCCAGAUCUCUACACACACACAUAUAUGUAAUAUUGUAAACGUAAUAUGCUUGUAAUAUUCCUCAUAUAUAUAUACAUAUAUAUAUAUAUAUAUGUGUGUGCGUGUGUGUGUGUGUGUAUAUAUAUGUAUGUAUAUAUAUAUAUAUAUAUAUAUAUAUAUAUAUAUAAAAGGACUAUUACAAGUAACUCAUAUGUAAGUUACAGGAUUGGAGUGUAAGAUGACAGUAUUUACAAUAUGGUAAAGUAUUUCUGUUCACCUUUUAAAUACUGUAACCAAAACAAGACAGCAGAAAGCAACAGUAGUUUCCCUAUUGUCUUGUUUUACUUACAGAAAAGUAAUGUCUGGCUGGAGAUCGUUGUUUUAAGGAACUUGUAAAAAGGGACAAAUCACUAUAUAAAAUUCAUUAUUUAAAAAUGUUCUUUUAAUAACUGGAAGUUGUAGGUGUGUGGAAGUGGGAGAGUAGGGAAUAAUUUAAUAAUAUUUUAUCACUUUGUGUGCAGUAUCCUGUACUGUGUCUCUUUUGAAUUGUUAGUACCUGAGCUCCUGCAUCUCUGCUGGCUCUUUGCACUUGAACCAUAAAUGCUGUAAGAAGUGGAAGUUCUUGAUACUGUUCUACUUUGCACUUUUCUUAUCAUUUUAUAUAUGUUGCUUACAUUUUGUACAGGUGUGGCCCUCAACUGCUCUAUAUUAUAAAUUCCUUUUAAAGUAUCUAUUAGAUUUCUUCUAUUCCUAAUUGUGUUAUGUAUAUGGCUAAAAAUUGGUAUUGUCACUGUACAGAAAGAAAAAGGUUUUGUAAAACACCUCUCUCGAACAUACUAGCUUGCAACUUCAGGACAAAUUUAUCCUUUAUUAGGUACAUGUGUAUUUUUCUUUUCCCCAGUUCAAACAGCUUUCAGCAAAAAUAAAUCAUGGCUAUAGCCUCGUUAACCAAA